AUGGCUGCGGGGGAGACGCAGCUGUAUGCCAAGGUCUCCAACAAGCUCAAGGGCCGCAACACCUCCUCACUUCUGGACCCCCUCCUGGCCAUGGGCUUUCCCACACAUACCGCGCUCAAAGCGCUAGCAGCGACAGGGAGGAAGACGGCAGAGGAGGCGGCAGACUGGCUGCAUGGCCACUGCAAUGACCCUUCUCUGGAUGACCCCAUCCCCCAGGAGUACGCUCUCUUCCUCUGCCCCACCGGGCCCUUGCUGGAAGACCUCCAAGAGUUCUGGAGGGAGAGCAAGCGUCAGUGUGCGAAGAACAGGGCUCAUGAGGUCUUCCCUCACGUGACACUCUGCGACUUUUUCACGUGUGAAGACCAGAAGGUGGAGUAUUUGUAUGAGGCUCUGAGGCGUGCAGGGAGCAGGAUCCUGAACUCCUUCCCUGCCCUGGUUCCUCUUGUUCUCCAUUCCUCCAUCAGCUACCUCGGCUUCUUCAUCAACGACAGCCCUGCUGACGUCAUCAGAGAAUUCGCCAUGGCGUUUGCCUCAGAGGCAUCAGUCUUGGCAGACUGCACAGUCAAGCCCUGCACCAAGCAACUACACCUGACCUUGGCCCACAAGUUCUACCCUCACCAUCAGAGGACCCUGGAACAGCUGGCCAGAGCUAUCCAGCCCAGUCACAUCUGCCAGUGGACAGCUGCCCUGUACUCCCGGGACAUGCGUUUUGUGCACUACCAGACCCUGAAGGUGCUGUUCCAGUACAAACCCCAGAACGCGGAUGAGCUAGUCCUCAGUCCUGGUGAAUACAUCUUCGUGGACCCCACUCAGCAGGAGGAAGCCAGUGAGGGCUGGGCCAUCGGGAUCUCACAUCGGACUGGCUGCCGGGGCUUCCUGCCAGAGAACUACACCGAGCGAGCCAGUGAGGCUGACACCUGGGUUAAGCACAGGACAUACACGUUCAGUCUAGCCAUGGACCUGAACUCCAGGAAGGACGGUGACGCCAGCAGCAGAAGAAAUGGGGAGUUCCACCCUCCAUCCAUGUCAAGGAACAUUAGCAGCAUACAGGCUCUGCAGGCUACCAUCAUGAGGAGAGGGGUGCUGGUAAUACGCCAUGGGGAGAGAGUGGACCAGGUCUUUGGGAAGUCGUGGCUACAGCAGUGCACUACCGCCGACGGAAAACACUACAGGCCGGAUCUGAACUUCCCCCGCAGCCUGCCCAGGAGGAGCAGCGGCAUCAAAGACUUCGAGAACGAUCCACCCUUAUCAUCCUGUGGAAUUUUCCAGGCCAGACUUGCUGGAGAGGCUCUGCUGGACAGCGGCAUCAGAGUCACCGCCGUCUACGCGUCACCUGCCCUGCGCUGUGUGCAGACAGCCAAGCACAUCCUGGAAGAACUCAAACUUGAGAAGAAGCUGAAGAUAAGAGUUGAGCCUGGAAUCUUUGAAUGGAUGAAGUGGGAAGCCAGCAAGGCCACUCCAAACUUCCUGACCUUGGAGGAGCUGAAAGAGGCAAACUUCAACAUUGACCCUGAUUACAGGCCUGCCUUCCCCCGCUGCUCCCUCAUGCCAGCUGAGAGCUAUGACCAGUAUGUGGAAAGGUGCACCGUGAGCAUGGGACAGAUCAUCAGCACGUGCCCCCAGGAUGUGGGCGUCACCCUCAUCGUGAGCCACAGCUCAGCGCUCGACUCUUGCACUAGGCCACUCCUCAGGCUCCCGCCCAGAGAAUGUGGAGAUUUUGCCCAGCUGGUAAGAAAGAUCCCAUCUCUGGGGAUGUGUUUCUGUGAAGAAGACAAAGAGGAAGGAAAAUGGGAGCUGGUGAACCCGCCUGUGAAGACACUGACCCACGGGGCCAACUCGGCCUUUAACUGGAAGAACUGGAUCUCCAGCAACUGAGCCAACCCCAGCUAGUCAGCAAGAGGUGACUGCGCCAAGCCAAGGCAUGAGGGCUGUGAUUAUGAUUACAGAGGCAUCCUAGCCCCUCGACUGCCGCGACUUGGAGAAGCACAAAAUACACUUGAUACUCGGGGGUUUUGCCAUGGCUCAUGCCUUGGUUACUGCCAGCUGUGGAUCUGCUGCCCUGCCAGCCUGACUUUGGAAGUCAGAGUGGAGGUCUGGAUUAGCACACCACAUUGCAACAUGCGUGCUGGGCUGAAGAGAACAGAGGAACCGCCUUCCUUCCAGGAACUAAAGACUCCCCACCCCCACACUCGAAGAUGCCACCUUCUAUUUUGUAUGCUCUUAGGAGCCCUCCUUCCUUCUGUGGCCAUCACUCCUUAGCCAGGGCCACACCAGUUGAAAGAGGAACGGUAGUCAAUAAAAGAAACGGCCUAGAGUUCGAGGCCAGCCUGGCCUACAAGAGCUAGUUCCAGGACAGGCUCCAAAGCU